GUCUUCCUCCACGUCGCCGUCGGCGCAGGGCGUUGUUGACCGCGUCCAAGCCUUUGUUUCCGAUAACAGGCGUGCGGUCGUCAUUGGGACCGCUGCCGCGCUCGUGGCCAUCGGCGGCGUCGCAUACUAUGCAUCCACGUCUCGCGGUCCGGGCGGGGGCGAUGCUGAGAAAGGUGAGCGCAAGAAGGACAAGAAGAAGCACCGUAAGCGCAAGACGGGGAAGGACAAGGAUGGGCCCAUUCUCGAGGAGCGUACUCCCAAGUCGGCGGAGGUGUCUGAGGAAGAGGAUGUCAAGCUGUCACCGGAAGACAUUGCCAGUAUGUCGACUGAGGAGCGGACAAAGGUUGCAGCUUCCUUGAAGGCCAAAGGAAACAGCACGUACCAGCAGCGCAAGUUCAGCGCUGCUAUCGACUUCUACACUCGUGCUAUCGAGGUCACGCCCAAACCUGAGCCUGUAUUCUUCAGCAACCGCGCGGCAUGUUAUGUCAAUCUGUCGCCACCUAACUUCGAAAAGGUGGUAGAGGACUGUGACGCUGCUUUGAAGCUUGAUUCCGGCUAUGUGAAAGCACUGAAUCGACGAGCAACCGCUCUCGAGGCCCUCGAACGAAACGAGGAUGCGUUGCGCGAUUAUACCGCGGCAACGAUCCUCGACAAGUUCCAAAACGAGUCAGCAGCGCAGUCAGUUGAGCGCGUACUGAAGAAACUCGCCACACAAAAGGCGCAGGACAUCCUGUCGACGCGUGAGCGCCAUCUACCCUCUCACACAUUCGUGUCAGCAUACUUCGGUGCUUUCCGACCUCGCCCCCUGCCGACAUUACCGGAAAAUCCGUCACAAGGCGACCAAACUCUGAUUUUGUGCCUCGAGGCUCUGGCAGCGGGCGAUUAUGUCCACUCCCUCUCGCUUGUAAACGAGGCGAUAGAGCAGGGCAUCUCCUGGGAUGCUGGCAAGGCCGAGGCGUUGAACCUUCGGGGUACCUUCAAGUUCCUCAUGACAGAUGUUAUCGGGGCGAAGGAGGACUUCCUUGCCUCGGUCGAGCUGCAACCGUCGCUCACGCAGACUUGGGUCAAGAUUGCGAGCGUGUACAUGGAGCAAGGCGAUCCAAAGAAGACGUUCGAGUGCUUCGAGGAGGCCAUCAAGCAUAAUCCCGAUGACCCUGACAUCUACUACCACCGGGGCCAAGUUUUCUUUAUCAUGAACGAGUUCAAGGAAGCCGCGGACAAUUACACCAAAUCGACUCAGCUCGACGAUGAGUUCGUGUUCAGUCACAUACAACUGGCGGUUGCACAGUACAAGGCGGGCAACACGGCGAACAGCAUGGCGACGUUCCGGCGGACACUGAAGGCUUUCCCCCAGCGGAGUGAGCCGCACAACUACUACGGGGAGCUGCUCCUUGACCAGCAGCGGUUCGGGGAUGCGGUCGACAAGUUUGAGCGCGCGAUCGAGAUAGAGCAGGAGCGGUCGAAACCCCCACCCAUCAACGCAUUACCUCACGUUAACAAGGGUCUUGCGCUCUUUCAAUGGAAGCAAGACAUCGCCGCUGCGGAGGAAUGCUGCCAGGAGGCGCUGAAGCUUGACCCCGAGUGCGAAGCGGCUGUGGCAACGCUAGCACAGUUGAGUUUGCAACAGGGCAAGAUUGACAUCGCGAUGGAAAUGUUCAAGCGGCAGGCGGACCUCGCACGCAGCGAGCCGGAGUUGAUGAAUGCCUUGACUUACCAAUUCAUCAUUGACUUUACGGAGAAUGAGACUAUGCGACCUCGCUGUCUGUUUCCUGAAUUCUCGCAAAUGACUGACUUCAAGUUCCCGUCUCCGACGAGCCUCAAUGCCGCCGAGCCCGCAUCCCUGAAGGCUCGGCGGCAAGUCGCUUUCUACCCAAACAUGAAGUCCUCGAACAAGCCCCAGAAGCCCUUUAGCCGCAGCGCCGCUAAACGGGAGAGUGUAAUGGCCCUGGGGAGCAUAGAACAUCUACAACAUUACUUUACUAAGUCGGGAAUCGCGGCGGAAAGCAACCCUCUCAACAAGCCGAAUAGCGGUAUGGUUCCCGCAAUCGGUGGUCCCUCGAUGCUGAAUAUCAAACCGUACUCGGGAAGGGACCGCGACUUGCUGUUGCCGCCAUCUCCGAUUGUGCCGCAGAUUGUCCAGCCGUCGUUUCCGCCGUACGUCAAGACGUACGAAACGGACCCGGAGAACCUUCGUCCAGGGGUGAUUGAAGACCUGGAUACAGUCGCGAUUGGAUGGGAGCUGGACGGUGGGUAUCAGACGGAAUUGCAGGAUACGAGCCUCCUCGGCACGGGUACGCGAUCAAAGGACCACUUGGACGUGCUCGAUCUACUGAAGAGAACAACGCGUGCGGUGCGAUCCGUACGGAACUAUCUCGUCUCACUGCCCGACGACUCGACUACACCCAUGCUGCAAACGUACUUCCGCCCACAAAGCCUGCCGAGUGCGCCGCUACCAAAGCGACGCGUAUCGCAACCGGACUCAUCCUCGGAGCCUCUGACGCGCGUGCGAAGGGGCGCGCUAGAGGUGCUGACGGUGCUGCGCGAGCUGGAGGAGCGCGCGCGGCUGCCGCUGGAACACGACGCGUACGAUGCGCAGAGCGAGCACGACUCGACCCCAGAUAACAGUGCCCAUUCACGCGCGGCAUCCCCAUCAUCGCAUCUGGAGGAUCCGGAUGCAGGUGCGGACUUUGUGGUCGAUGCGGAGAAUUCGGUUUCGAUCUCGUUCAUCGAGGUAAGCGGGCGGCAGAAGGCCAUUCGAGUAUGGGAGGACGAGGCUCCAGAUUCGGGGAACUUAAGCGAGGAAGAACGGGAGAAGCGCGAGCGGUGGGACGAGCGGCUGGUCGUCGGCGGUGGAUGGCUGUACCGGCAGGACAUGCAGCUGACGGACCUUGAGCCCGAGCGCGAGGUGGUCGGACGGUAUUUGGAUGCUGUUGACGACGUGCUGUUUGGCGGGGUGCAGAACGGGAAACGCGGGUGGCAGAGAGAACGGGAACGCGUCCUGCAGAAGGAACGGGCGGAGCGGGCGAGGGGACGCAGGGUCAGUGCGGGGGACGCGCCGAGGGAGGGAGGAUCGAAGAGAUCAGGCCGUAGGGUGGUCUCGACGGGGAUGCUUGAAGCCAUGCGAGAUAUGGUGGUCACGGAAGAACCGGAGGAAAUGGAAACUGUGGCGGAGGAGGACAGCGUCGACGACGAAGACCUGCCGAGCUGGGCGAAACGGUCGACAUUUGAGGAUGAUCCACUAGGCCGUCUGCAUGCGAUACUCGUAGCAUUCCUUCCGGUCAAUCUCCUUCCCCAACUCCCCCCGGCGCCACCAAAACGGGCGGCCAUUCUGCAGGCCCUCUCCUCGGGUCAAUUACUGUGUACUGCUUACAAUGUCGGAGUCCGACGUUCACGGAAACAGUGGGGCUUCGUGAGCAAAGACGCCAUCCACGAUAUCGCGGCGCUUGAAGCUCAGUCGCUCGAAGACAGUGCGCAUUCGGACAAGGGGAAGCGAGGAUGGACGUUCCGGAGAACGGACAACUUGCGCCUUUGGGCUGCAGCGUUGAAGCUGCGUUAUCUUUUACUGAUCACGUCCCCAGUCAAAGCCGGUUCUUCGAAGGGUAACCUUACACCAUCGCCGGGAACGACACCUAUAGCCUCGCCAUCAGUUUCAAUGUCUUCGCUGCAGUUCCCGAGCCAUGUGAAUGAGGAGCUGAUCAUCUUCGACGCGCCUCUUGUCGCGCGGCAAGACGGUGGCUGGGAGAAUAUGCUCGAGAAGGCGGUGUUGAAGUGGGCAGACGCCGUGGUAGACGAGAUGCGCGGUGAAAGAUAGUGUCUUGACCGAGAUUCGUCCUCGAGAUCAAGGCGUAAUGUCCGUAGUAUGUUCGGCUAAAUCUGUAUACCACCGCAUCAACCCCAGCC